AUGACAAAUACUACUAUUACUACUUUUACUAGUAUUAAUACAAUUAAAACAACAACAACAACAACAACAAUCACAUUUAAAAGUGUGAUACAGUCAGAGUAUAUCAGAAGAUUGAUAUUCAAUCAAGUCGGGUUGAUAUCAAAACAAUUGGCCAGUCAUGUAAAAGAAAAGGGAAAAACAGAAUAUGAUCAAAGUAUGAUCAAUACAUCGUUAAAGGGAAAAGAUAUCGCAAAGUUACCUAGAUUUGAAAUGAUUUCAAGAUUUGCAAUGCCGUGGAACUUUAUCAAACAUUAUCUUUCAUCAUCAUCACAGAAUGAUGAUGUUAAUGCUGAAACCAAAAUAAGAUUAUUUGCAAUCUCUAGAUACUGUGCACAUCAAAACGCAACAUUGGACACACUUGAACAUCUUGUUGAAUGGACUCCUGCAUUUAAUCCUCAACAACAACAAGAUGGCAAGAACAACAACAAAGAUUGUUACAGACACGUUCGAAAACCAUAUCGAGCAGGAGUAAUGAACUGUGGAGGACCUUCUUUUAAGUAUGGUUUUGCAUCAGAUAUUGCAUCGGUUGGAAAUAUUGAUAUUCUCAGAUACCUUGUCACCAGAUAUCCCAAUAUCAAUCUUGCAGGUGCAAAAGAUAAUGCUGCCAAAUUUGGAUAUCUCUCGAUUAUGAAACUAUUAGAACCAUUUAAAACACCAUUAAGCAAACAAGGUAGAAAUGGAGGAGAAUACACAGAAAAUGCAGUUAGCGAUGCAGCAGGGAAUGGGAGUUUUGACAUUAUCGAAUACCUGUUUGAAAAUGGAUACACAUCACUAUUUUCAGACUAUACUCUUUGUCGGGCAAAUAGUCAUUUCGAUAUUUUCAAGUAUCUUGUAGAGAAUCUAACCGAUAAAAGCUAUCUUAAAGAUGCCGAUGGAUAUUUAGAAGGUGCAAUCAGUAGUGGUAAUUUAGAUUUUGUAAAGUAUGUUUAUUUCAAUGUGACCAAAGAUCCAGGCUAUGGAAUUGAUAAAGCUGCAGAAAAUGGUUUCAUUGAAAUCAUUAAAUUCCUUCAUGAUAAUAAAGUUGGUAAAUCUGAAAAUUGGGAAGCGGCUAUGUCUCAUGCUGUAAUGAAUGGAGAUUUAUCAAUGGUUGAGUGGCUUCAUCAUAAUAGAACUGAAUCACGCACAACUAAUGAAAUGGACUAUGCUUGCAGUUAUGGUCACAUUUCCAUAGUUGAAUGGUUACAUUUUAAUAGAACUGAAGGAUGUACAACCAGAGCAAUGGAUUAUGCCAAAACUUUAGAAAUAGUUCAGUUUCUUCACAUCAACAGAACAGAAGGUGCAUCAGCAAAUGCCAUUGACAAUGCAUCGUCUACAGGAAAUUUGGAUAUUAUAAAAUAUCUCUACUCUAAUAGAACUGAAGGUUGUACCCCCAGAGCGAUGGUAUAUGCUAUAAAGAACAAUCAUAUCAAUGUUGUAAAGUUUUUGUAUGAAAACAAGAUUGGACAAUGGACAGAAGAGGUAAUGAAUCAAGCAAUUACAUAUAAUUGUUCGAUAGAGAUGAUAUUAUUCAUUGAUGAUAAAUUAAAAGUUGGAUGUACAUCACCUAGAUCUGUUGAAACUGCUGCAAAAAAUGGAAGAUUAGAUAUCAUUCAAUAUCUUCACCAACAUCACAAUACAUCAUCAUCAUCAUCUAUUUGGACAUCUAACAUAAUGGAUAAUGCUGUUGAAUAUGGACACAUUAAUAUUGUAAAGUAUUUACAUGAUAAUAGAAGUGAAGGAUGUGGAAAAAAGGCUCUAUCCUCUGCAGCAGGAAAAGGUAAUUUAGAAAUGGUCGAAUUUCUUUACGAGAAUAUUGUCAACCAAUCCAAUGAUAAAGUGACCCCUUACACUUAUAUUUCAAACAUACCUGUUAUGAAAUACCUUUUGGAUAACAAUAUAAUUGAUAUUAAAUAUAUCUUCCAUCAUUAUUAUUCUGGUGAUUUCGAAAUGGAGGCAUUCAUUAAGAAAUAUGGACAACAUCCUAACAAAAAGAUUAAAAAUAUCAUCACUACAUUCUUUGGAAAGAAAUAA